AUGGCUGACGUUGUUCUUGGUUCCCAAUGGGGUGAUGAAGGUAAAGGUAAACUAGUUGAUAUCUUGUGUGAAGAUAUCGAUGUUUGUGCCAGAUGUCAAGGUGGUAAUAAUGCUGGUCAUACUAUUGUUGUUGAUGGUGUCAAAUAUGAUUUCCAUAUGUUACCUUCAGGUUUAGUUAACCCAAAAUGUCAAAACUUAGUUGGUUCAGGUGUUGUUGUUCAUGUUCCUUCCUUAUUUGAAGAAUUGGAAAACUUGGAAAAAAAAGGAUUACAUUGUAGAGAUAGAUUAUUUAUCUCUUCAAGAGCUCAUUUGGUUUUCGAUUUCCAUCAAAGAACUGAUAAAUUAAAAGAAGCUGAAUUAUCUGAAAAUAAGAAAUCAAUUGGUACAACUGGUAAAGGUAUUGGUCCAACUUAUUCAACAAAAGCUUCAAGAUCUGGUAUUAGAGUUCAUCAUUUAGUUAACGAUGAAUCUGAAGCUUGGGGUGAAUUUGAAACUAGAUAUAGAAGAUUAGUAACAACAAGAAUGCAAAGAUAUGGUGAAUUUGAAUAUGAUAUUGAGGAAGAAUUAUCAAGAUAUAAAAAAUAUAAAGAAUUAUUAAAACCUCAUGUUGUUGAUUCAAUUGAAUUUAUGCAUGAUGCCCUAUCAAAAGAUAAAAAAAUCUUGGUUGAAGGUGCUAAUGCUCUUAUGUUGGAUAUUGAUUUUGGUACUUAUCCAUAUGUUACUUCAUCCUCUACAGGUAUCGGUGGUGUUUUAACCGGGUUGGGUAUUCCACCAAAAGCUAUUAAAAACAUUUAUGGUGUUGUUAAAGCUUAUACAACAAGAGUUGGUGAAGGUCCAUUCCCAACUGAGCAGUUGAACGAAGAUGGUGAAAAACUACAAAACAUUGGUGCUGAAUAUGGUGUCACCACUGGUAGAAAGCGUCGUUGUGGUUGGUUAGAUUUAGUUGUUUUAAAAUAUUCAACUUUAAUUAAUGGUUAUACAUCAUUAAAUAUCACUAAAUUGGAUGUUUUGGAUACUUUUAAAGAUAUUAAAGUUGGUGUUUCAUAUUCAUUAAAUGGUCAUAAAUUAAAUUCAUUCCCAGAAGAUUUAAAUAAAUUGGGUAAAGUUGAAGUUGAAUAUGUUACAUUACCAGGUUGGGAACAAGAUAUUACUCAAAUUAAAAAAUAUGAUGAAUUACCAGAAAAUGCCAAAAAAUAUUUGAAAUUCAUUGAAGAUUAUCUUGGUGUUCCAAUUGAAUGGGUUGGUACCGGUCCAGGUAGAGAAUCAAUGUUGUCAAAACCUGUCAACUAA